UGAUGAGGAGCUUUGUGGCUUUCCCUUUCUUUUUGAUUUUCUUUCUUGUUCGAUCAUAGCAAGGCUCCAUCCGUUUCGCGUACCAUGACUUUUGAAUAAUUUACUUUUUUUCCUCUCCAGCCCUCUUUUGAAUACCUCUCAUUUUAUCACUUCAGGCUAUUGCUCCCCGCUGUUAAAGCUUCAACUUCCGCACACAGCUUUGUUCGCAUCGCCUGUCCCCAUCGUCCAUCCAUCUCGAUAUCGACUUAAAAGCGCUAUCAAAAGGUUAUACGGUCGCUCCUUGAGCUUGGACAUGACGGUAGAGGAUCUGAGAAGCGCUCGCGGCGCAGUGCACGACUGAGUAUUCUGCGCAAUGCCUGGUGUCGUUGACGCUCCCGCCCCCUCUGCCUGGCCGGGUAUAGGGUUCACUGUUGCGCACCAGAAGGUUGAGCUGGAGCUGGACUUUGCAAAUAAGGGCCUUAAGGGGAAGACCGAGAUUACGAUCCAUCCACAUUACAAGGAACUUCGUGUUAUUCGACUGAAUUUUCGACAGGGCGAGAUUAAACGCUUAAAUGUCUGCGGAAAGAUACCGUCAAUGAAAUAUGUGGAUCCCUACGAAUCGCUUCAACUGUACGGCCCUCACUACCAUGGCCGACUGACCUCGAAUAUAGAAAAAUUGCUUAAGUCGCCGCCGGAAGCCGACCUGCUUGUGUCGGUUCCCAAAAGCGUUAGGAUUGAAGAACUCGACCCUUUCUCUCUCGAAGCCCAAGAUCAAAUGGCGCUGCGUGCGACUGGAACUGCCGAGGAUGCUGAAGGCCCUCUGAGCACGAAGGCACCAGACACGACACUCCCGCGGUUCACGGCAUUAACGGUGAACAUUGAAUUUACCAUUGAAAAUGUAAAGGAUGGUUUACAGUUUGUCGGGGUAGAGAACGGGGACAGGCGCUACCCGCACGCCUUCACAACAAAUUCGCUUGGAUACGGGGCUGGUUGCCCUCUAUUCCCUUGCGUUGAUGACGCUACCUCACGUUGCACCUGGGAGCUCUCGAUUAAAUGCCCGUGCUCUUUGGGGGAUGUGUUCGACCGUAAACCUCGCGAUUCAUCUGGCACCCACGCUUUUGGACGCUCUAAACCGACACCAAAUUCAGGUCGAUACAUCUCCCCAGAUGAUGAAGCUUUGGACCUACUGGUGGUCUGUUCUGGUGAUAUGACUGAUGAGAUUGUUGAUCCGAAAGAUCCUAGCAAGAAGACGGUAUCCUUCGCAUGCACCUCACCGCUAUCUGCCCAGCAAGUCGGGUUUGCUGUAGGCCCGUUCGAAUAUGUCAAUCUUGCUCAUUUCCGGGAAAGCGAUCAAGAUGAGCAGCUUGGCCAGAAUGCCAUUCCUUUACAUGCCUUUUGUCUUCCGGGGCGAGGCGAUGAGCUUAGGAACACUUGCUUUCCAAUGGCGAAGGCGAUUGAUUUCUUCUCGUUAUCAUAUGGAUCGUAUCCGUUUUCAAGUUAUAAAAUGUGUUUCGUAGAUGAUGCCCCCGAGAAUGUCUUGUCGACAGCUUGCUUGUCAAUCUGCAACAGCCAUCUCCUAUUCCCCGAAGAUAUUAUCGAUCCAAUGUACGACUCAACACGCGCUCUCGUUCACGGCCUAGCGUCCCAGUGGAUCGGUGUCAACAUCGUUCCAAAAGAACCCACUGACACUUGGGUCACAGUAGGCGUCGCAUGGUUUAUCACGGAUACAUUCAUGAGGAAGCUUUGUGGGAACAAUGAGCAUCGCUUUCGACUAAAACAGAUGUCUGAUCGAGUAUGCGAGCUGGACUAUGAGCGUCCAUCACUCUUUGACAUGGGCAAUAUAAUUCAGCUUGACUCGUCCGAGAUCGAUUUUAUCGCACUCAAAGCUCCUCUUGUGCUUUUCAUACUCGAUCGAAGGCUCACAAAAGCUAGUGGAAAAGCCACAAUGCCCCGUAUCAUUUCUCGACUCUUCCUCAAUGCUCGAAUGGGCGACAUACCAAACGGAGCAGUAUCCAGCUCGGUUUUCCAAAAGACCUGUGAGCGGCUCGGCCAUGCGAAACUGGACUCAUUUUUCCAGCAAUGGAUUUAUGGUGCCGGUUGCCCUCGUUUUCAAGCCACACAGAGGUUCAAUAAGAAGAAGCUCGUGGUUGAAAUGAUGAUAAAGCAAGUGCAAUCAGAACAGCCUAGCACACGCGAUCUGGACAAGAAUACGUUUAUGCGCGACGUCAAGGAGGAAAUUCGGAGUGUCUAUGCUGGUGCUGUCCAGCCGGUUUUUACCGGUUCUAUGACAAUUAGAAUCCACGAAGCUGAUGGUACACCUUAUGAGCAUAUUGUUGAGAUUAAAGAAGGCGUCACCAAAUUCGAUAUCCCUUAUAACACGAAAUACAAGCGUUUGAAGCGAAAUAAACGGCAAAAAGAACGCGCCGCUGCUGCCUCAGGGGGUGACCCUAAUGCAGAAACACAGGAAGACGUCUUGCUUUAUUGCUUGGGCGACGUACUCCAAAGCGAAGAAGAAAUUCAAGAGUGGAAGUUAGCUGAUUGGAGUAAGGAAGAUGAGGAGCGAAUGGGCCAGGAAUCUUAUGAAUGGAUCCGCAUGGACGCAGAUUUUGAGUGGAUCUGCAAGCUUUCACUGGUGAUGCCGGGUUAUAUGUACCUUUCACAGCUCCAACAAGAUCGGGAUGUAAUAGCCCAGCUAGAGUCUCUGCAAUAUAUGGCAGCCCAACGAGAACACUCUUUAAUUUCCACCAUUUUCGUCCGAACUCUUAUGGAUCGGAGGUACUUCUACGGAAUCCGUGUGGCUGCGGCAAAGGCCCUUGUUAAACAUGCCAAGGAAGAAAUUAAUUGGUUAGGGCUAUUUCAUUUGGAAAGAGCUUUUCAGGAAUUAUUCUGUCUUCCAGGGUCACCCAUGACCCGCUCGAAUGACUUCUCCGAUAGGGCUGCUUAUGUGCUUCAGUUGGUUAUCCCAGAAGCUAUCUCGAAAGUAAGGGACCCCCAUGGGAAAACCCCGAUGCGCGUGAAGCGUUUUCUCUAUGACAAGCUACGGUUCAAUGAUAACUCCAACAAUGAGUACUCGGAUAAUUUCUAUGUCGCUACACUUAUGCAGUCCCUUUGUCAUGCGAUGCUGGGAAAGGUCGAGUCCCGCUCCGAUGAGUUGGACGAUUUCGAUAUGGAGCGGGUGCUUGAGUCUCAGGCAGAAGAGAAAUUGGAGAAAGACGCCAUUGCCGAAAUUGAUCGAUAUCGGAGAAUGGAUGAAUGGUCCAGCUCAUACCAGAACAUCUAUUCUCGUUCUGCGCUACGCUGCCAGAUACAGCUUAUGCAAGCCAAGAUAACGGAGUUGGACAUCAUGCAGUUUCUACCAUAUACCAGGGCCGGCACAUAUGACCUUCUUCGUUUGGAGGCCUUCGAGUGUCUCGUAGAAACCGAUAUUUUCCAAAGUCCCGAACUCCUAAGGUGGUUCAUCUUUACCAUGUCGAGCGACUCUUCGUCUUGGCUUCGUCGGCGGCUUCAUUACCUAUUUGGUAAAGCGCUUGCUCCUGUGGCUUUUGGUCGCGAAUCAAAUACUAAGGCCCAGGCUUCCGGUGAUGGCUUGAUUAUUGAACAAGAAUCUUCUACCGAGGUCCGCCAAGCAGAUCUCGCGCGAAGGCAGACAGUCACUGGAGCCAUAGAAGCGCUCAAAGUUGAACUUAAAGGCGACCAAGUCCUCAAGGAGUCCCUGUGGGCCGCGUGCAACUCUCCGCACAUUGGUAUCCUGGAGCUUUCUGAAUUUGCUGACCUCUGCCGGAGCUUGUAUGAAGCGACCACUAGUGUGAAGGUUGCUCUGAAAUACCCGCGGUACUGGCAAGUAAAGCAUCUCGGGAAGGGGCACCUGCAUUUCACCCGCUCGAGCAAAUUCCGGACAUCACUUCCAUCAAAGGAUGCGAAUCCUGCAAAACGCAAACGCGAAGAGCCGGGUAUGCCACCUCCUGGUCCUCGCAUCACAUUCAAGCAGUCAAAACUUGGCCCAAGUACACCGUCAGCGAACCAAAGUCCUCGUCCGCAGCCAAUUACCAAGCUGCAUAUUCCGAAUCGAUCCUCCCCUAUACCUCAAGCGCCGCCCAAGCCACCAGCUACUCCAUCCACUCCAUCUACUCCUGGUGGUGGGGGAUUCAAGCUAAAAUUAAAAUUUGGCCAGAAGCCCAAAUAAUUUAAUGCGUCUUCUAUCAUUCUUCAUUCAUGUACCUUAUACUAUUGUUUUUCUUAUUCCUCUGUUUUGAAGGGAGGUUGGUAAAGGAGGCUCAUGGCGCGAGGGUGGAACGGAAUAUCGUUCUCGAUUUGAUUUUCUAUGGUUUUCCCUUCUAUUCCCCUGUUCCGGUUUUCUUUCUCAAAUGCGCGUCUGUUUUGCCGGUUUCAUGCCCAUUUAAUGCGGUAUUCUCGAGCCAUGUUAUGAUUGAUGCCUUGCAUAGCAAACAUCACGCUGCAUCGUCAAAAGAUUAUGUCACUCGAAAAGAUAUACCAAGGGAACCCUUGAAUUUGGUCCCUCAAAUAUUGAAACUGCAUUUUCCUCGUAAACAUGCUUGAGAUGAAAUCGAAGUGCAUUCGAUAGUUCCAAGAAAGCAGCCGACCCGUAAACUCCUUAUUGCAUUAUAUUAAUCCCACAAUGAAGGUAAUAUCCAGAGCUUCCUUUAUUUGUCGCUUAUACGUUCGAGAGC